CCACGAUCGAUAACGCGCGCACUCCUCCCCUCCGCUGCGCUCGCGCUCCUUUCCAAACACACGCACGCUCACUCGUCGCUCUCUGUCACUCACUCACUCACACACGCACGCACGGUCGUCUCCCCGCGCGGACUAAGCCUGCCGCUUCCCCAGCGUCUGUUAAAGCAGGCCGCGAGCUUUAAAGAGAAGAAGAGGAGAAAAGAGGGAGGAAGAGCAAAAGAGCGAGACGGGAUCUAAUUUUGUUUUGACUCCGUUUUUUUCCUCGCGCGAAAGGACAGCUGCGACCGACCGUUUGCCUUAUUUUCCCCGGAGGCGCGCGCGCGGACAUGCAGCACGCGACACGGCGGCAGAGCUCGCGCUGGGCGGCCCGCGGGCUCUGCUGCGUGCUCGCCGCGCUCGCCGCGCUCUGGAGGCCGGGUGCAGCGUGCCCGGCGGCGUGCACGUGCGCGGGCUUCAGGCUAUCGUGCGCCGACCCGGAGCGCAGCCUCGUCGCGUUCCCCGCGCUCAGCGAGCCCGAGAUGGAGAACAUCACAGACAUAUAUAUUGCUAAUCAGAGCACUUUCUCAUCUAUCAACGAAAAAGAUCUGACCCUGUACCGCAACCUCAGAAAUCUGACAGUGACCAACACAAGGCUUACGUAUGUGUCGCGACAGGCCUUUCAAAACAAUCUCAAGUUGCAAUAUCUGAAUCUGAAAGACAACAAUCUGUCCUCUCUGUCCUGGAAGACGUUUCGCCAUCUGAACAUUUCCUACCUGAUGCUGUCGGGGAACCCACUGCAGUGCUCCUGUGAGAACAUGUGGAUGAAGCAGUGGAGAGGGGAGGAGGCAGAGGCUGAGCUGUUAUGUGUGGAGGAAGGAGGGAAGAGGAGGCCUCUGUCCAACCUUAAGCUGCCCCACUGUGUUGUUCCCAAGGUCACCCUAAACCCUCAAAGAGUGACCGUUCUUGAGGGCUCAAAUGUGACACUGACCUGUAAUACUUCAGGAACACCGACACCUAACCUCACUUGGAACGCCUGCCAGCUGACAUCCAGCUACGAGAUUGUAUCCUCAGGGCAAUCCUCUGAGCUCAGACUCUUCCAUCUCUCCUCACUGGACAACGAGUGUAAAAUCAGCUGCAGCUCCGACAACACAGCAGGAGGAAGUGAAGCUUCUGUUCAGCUCAAUGUUCUCUUCCCCCCGAUUAUCAGCAAGCUCAUGGAUGGCAUUCCGGACCACCACUGGUGCAUCCCAUUCAGUGUAUCUGGCAACCCACAGCCAGAACUGCGCUGGCUGUUUCGGGGUGAGCCUAUAAAGGAGGGGGCCUUUAUCACCACCCGCAUCCAUGACUACUCCGAGCAUGAGUACCAUGGCUGCCUGCAGCUGGACAGCCCUACACACAUCAACAACGGCGAGUACACACUGCUAGCCAGGAAUGUUUACGGAGAGGACAGAAAGUCUAUAUUUGCCCACUUCAUGCACGACCCUUGGAACGAUACAACAGCUACGGAAUCAAUAUACUACGACACAGAUGACACACCUGUUGGACCACCUGAGGAUCGAGUUGCUGUGUACGUGGUCGUGGGAAUUGCCGCCGUCACAUUCGCCGGCUUUGUGCUGAUGCUGGUUGUCCUGAAGUUUGGCCGCAACUCAAAGUUCGGAAUUAAAGGCCCAUCGUCAGUCAUUAGCAACGAUGACGACUCGGCUAGCCCUCUCCAUCACGUGUCGAACGGCUCCAACACACCGUCGUCCUCUGACAUGAACUCAGACACCGUCAUCAUCGGUAUGACCAAAAUCCCGGUCAUCGAGAACCCCCAGUACUUCCGCAGCACCAGCAGCCUGCUCAAAUCAGACACCUUUGUCCAACAUAUCAAGAGGCACAACAUCGUCCUGAAGAGGGAGCUGGGUGAAGGAGCCUUUGGAAAAGUGUUCCUAGCUGAAUGUUAUAACCUCUCACCUGACCAGGAGAAAAUCCUUGUGGCUGUAAAGACCCUAAAGGAAGCCAGCGAGAAUGCACGUAAAGACUUCCACCGUGAGGCCGAGCUGUUGACCAACCUACAGCACGAGCACAUUGUCACCUUCUACGGCGUGUGUGUAGAGAGUGACCCCCUCAUCAUGGUGUUCGAGUACAUGAAGCAUGGAGACCUCAACAAGUUCCUCAGGGCUCAUGGUCCUGAUGCAGUGUUGAUGGCAGAUGGUCAGGUGCAGCAGCAGGCCGAGCUGACUCAGUCUCAGAUGCUGCACAUUGCUCAGCAGAUCGCAGCGGGGAUGGUCUAUCUGGCCUCGCAGCACUUUGUGCAUAGAGAUCUGGCCACGAGGAACUGCCUGGUAGGCGAGAACCUGCUGGUGAAGAUCGGAGACUUUGGCAUGUCGCGCGACGUCUACAGCACAGAUUAUUACCGGGUGGGCGGUCACACUAUGUUGCCAAUCCGUUGGAUGCCUCCAGAAAGCAUCAUGUACAGGAAGUUUACUACCGAGAGCGAUGUCUGGAGUCUGGGAGUGGUGCUCUGGGAAAUAUUCACCUACGGGAAACAGCCCUGGUAUCAGCUCUCCAACAAUGAGGUAAUUGAGUGCAUCACUCAGGGUCGCGUACUGCAGCGGCCGCGUACCUGCCCCAAGGAGGUGUAUGACCUGAUGCUGGGCUGCUGGCAGCGAGAGCCUCACACUCGCCUCAACAUCAAAGAGAUCCACAACCUGCUGCUCAACCUGGCCAAGGCCUCGCCCGUCUACCUGGACAUCCUGGGCUGAGAGAGGCAGUGUGCCUGUAUGUGUGUGUCUAUGUGUGUGCGUGGAUCCCAAAACUGCCUCUGUUACCCCUGUCCCUCUCUUUUUCUCUCCUGUUCCCCCCCUUCACUCCUGUCCUGCUCCUGUCAUUCUAAAUUUGUAGCGUGCUAGACAGCAGGAGCCUCAUCUAAUCAGUAUUAGGAGCAGGAAGUGAAAUACGAUGCUGAAAAAUGACAUUUAUGGAGGUUUUUUUUUUUUUUUUUUUGCGCUAUCAGAUCACUUCUUUACUUGGAUGGAACAGAUACUCGCUGUGCAGUCGCAGUGUCGCUGUAAAUAUUGUCUGGUCUUGAAGCGCAUACUUUCUCCAGGACUUCAGGAACAGCACUGUCCAUCCUCCGGAACUGGAAAAAAAGGAACUGUAUAAUAUGUACCAUAACUGUGAGCAACGGAGGAGUGUGGUCCUUCAUUCCUCCACCUCAUCCUGCCUUUUCCCUUUCUGCCCAUGCACAUACGUAAAAACAAACAAAGCAGACUUUUGAGGAAAAGAAUGGGACGAAUAGGGUUUCACAUUUUAGAGACUUUAAUGGAACUGUACGCAUUAGCUGUUGACCAAAUGUCAUGUGGCAAAUGGCAAGCCCGCUCACUCCAGCACCAGAAGCCUUCAAGGCAGCCGUGUUCCUAAUAGCGCACUACUGAAGGGGAUAUUGAGUCAUUUGAGACGAGGCCAUGCCCAUGUUUCAAUACUGUUAGUGCGCAUUUAGGACAGGAGCCCAAUUACCCUGAGUGGCUGAUUAUGAUGGGGUAGGCUAAAUUAUGGCCUGCUUCUCUCUCUCUCUCUCUCUCUCUCUCUCUCUCUCUCUCUCUCUCUCUCUUUCCCUCUCCCUCCCUCCCUCCCUCUCUCUCUCUUCUGAUUUACCAUUCAGUUGAGGCAGUGAUGUAGUGCUCAAGCCAGGGGUUACGCAGCUGUUAUGGUGUAAUAUAUAUUUCAUUACAGUACUAAUGUCUGCUAUUAGCACCUAUUCCCCAAAGACCCAUAUGGAAUGCAGAGGAGAGAAAAAAGGGACAAAAUGAAGAAAAAGGAUGGAAAAUGGGAGUCUGAAAUGAUUUUCCAAAACACAUCCUGUUUAACAGUUUUAUUUAUUGUAUCCACAAACUCUCCCUUCAGCAAUGCACUUUUUAAUAAUAACAGUAACCAGAUAAAGUAACAAAGAACUUUUGAGACUUAGGCACAUAAAUUCUCCUUUUCCGCAUUUUUUCCAACCCUGCUUAGUUAUCCGAGUCAGUUGAUAUAAAUGUGCGCACCUACACAUGAACACAGUUAUAGUCAGACUGUGGUGUAAGUCACUAAAGAUGUGUAAAAUUGUGUAAAAUUAGCUUUUGUCAGUUGUUUCUAUGUUUGAGAAGAUUUUGUUCCCUUUAUGUAUGUAUUUAUUUACUUAUUUAAGGGGGAAUUCCGAUGAUUUAAGUUAACAAAGUCAUUCAGAGUGAUUUGAUAUGGAGAUGGUGAUAGGAACCAGACGUCCGAAGAGUUUAAUGCUAAAGACAAUCCGUCACAGAGAGUUAUUGGUUAUGAAUAUGAAGAGUUUGGCUUAAACAGCAUUUUUACCAAAAAAAAAAAAAAAAUAUUCACGGCAUGGAGGUACAUGCAGGGCGUUAGAAGGCAAAAUAGUUCCAAAAGAAAACAGUUUCUUCAGAUUUAUCACUAUUUUAACAUUAACAUUACAAAUGAAAACUCAGGAGACACAUGGAGGUUGACAAAAAACUGGCUACAUUUGCAUUGUAGACAUUGCGACUCCUGGUUCAUAUCACCACCACGGCAAACGGUGAACCGUUUUACAUCAAACCACUCUAAAUGACAUCUCUUAUAUAGAAAUUUAGUAAAAAUUGUGGAAUUCCACCAAAACUGGAUGCACUUUUGUAUUUUGUUGAGGUUUCUGUCUAUAGAUUAUUUUGUGUAUUGAUCAGAGUGAAUGUAUGAACUGUGCUGUCCUGUGCUGGACGGUACGAGCGAAAACUGGAAGUUAGCUUGAAAGGAGUCAUUUGACCAAAAAUGUUAACCCUGCUAACAAUGAAUGACUUCCAGUAGGGUCGUUAGCAUGACCUCAUUUAUUUAAUGCAAACUGUUGAAUAUCGGUUUUCAUUCAGUUGACCAAAAAUGCAUAUGGUUGCAAAACUGGUACCAUUUUUGCUCAAACAUUUGGCCAGAAAUACCUCAACGGUUGGUGUUUUGGUUCAAAAGUUUGACCUCAGAGUUUUAGCCAUGUUAGCAUUUGUGGUCAGUCUUUUCCUCCAGGCAUGUCCUGAGUGAAAAGACCAUUGAAGCAGGUAAUGUAUGAAGAUAAAAGGACGACAGUUAUGCCUUAUGUUAAACUCAAUGUUUCUCUUCUAUAUUGGAACAGAAAACUGUGAGUACAUAUCAAUCAACCACCUGGAUCUUUUAGGCCAUUCUCCUCUAGUCUUUCUCCUCUAAGUGUCUAAAAGCUACUCCACUGUCCAUACUCAGGCCAUCUGGCAGCAAGCUGUGGGCCUCGUACUCUCCAGCCCUGAGGACGUAUCUUCUGAAUGCCUCAUCAUUAGUGUUGUUGACGCGGCUGACUGGAUAGACGACAGCAGAUUAGAGGAAACUGCUGCCAUAUUGCCUUCACCUGUCCAGGCCUCAUGGAAAACAGUGCUUUAUGGAUGAGACAGUGGUUAAGGAUGUAAAAGAGGAGUUCCUAAGAGUACAUAAAGUGUGGAGAGAAUGAAAUGUCUCUUAUUUUAGCAGGUCUCUUUAUAUUAUACGCGGUGACACACUCAAACAAAAACCCUAUUGACACGGAACAUCAGUGUUGCAAUACGUGUAUCUGUAUGAUCAGAUGCUCUCAAUGACGUUGGGGCACUUGUGAUACAUUGUAUUUAAUAAAUGUGUCAUGUCUUACCAUGUUA